UCAAGUUUUGAGCGAAAACAGAGUACAUAUAUAAUUAGCUUAGUUAGUAAUAUAUAUAUAUGGAGAUACAAAAAUUCAUGAAACAAAUGUUUCACGUAUUACUAUUGGUACUAGCCAUUCAUGCGCAUAUCCGAGCCGUUGUUUCAACCCCAGACACUUUUGUUGACUCAGCCGUCCAUAUGAAACCAUAUCCCACGAUCACAGGAACUAAAACGUCUUGUGAGAUAGAUUUCCCGGUAUGGCGGCGGGAGCUUCGAAGCAGCGGUGGAGGUCGUGGUGGUGGAGGUGGCAGCAGUGGUCGAGGCGGAAACAGCGGUAAAGCCGGCAGCAGAGAUCGAGGUGGAGGCGGCGCUGGGAACGGAGGAUCCUCUAAUAAUGGCGGUGGUAGCAGUAGUGGCGGCCAUGUUGUUGGAAGCGGCGGUGACUGUUUCAAACACCGUGGUCUCGCCGGUACUCUAUUAUCUAUCGUACUCGUGAGCUUUUCCAUUCUUUUACGUUAACACAGUUGUAAAAAUGUUUGUUUAAUAAUUUCUCAUAAUUGAAUGUUUUAUACAGUAGACUUUUAUUAUAUAUGUAGUUCGAUAUGUAGACUUUCAAUACUAAAGUUUCAUUUUGAUAUGUGUAGUUCGAAUGUAUUUGUGUGUGUUUAGAAUCUCAUAUUCAUAAAUACAAAGUGCAUU